AUGGGGCCCUCACAGACCUGCACCAGACGCUUCAUCUUCAAAAACCGUAACCCUAGACAGUUAUCCUCCAUGCUUCUCCCUGUAACUUCCUCUAAAACACGUACCACUCUUUGCAAAACCCAACAAUUUCUUGACUCCAUCAACGCUCUCUGUGACCAAGGCCAAUUGGACCAGGCCAUAACACUUCUGCAAGAAACAGAUCAUCAGGCCAUUAAAAAGAGGUUUCCAGCUUACUCUUGCCUUCUUCAAGCUUGUUCUGAAUCAAUGGCGGCCUCGCUAGCCCAAAAGGUCGAAACCCACAUGGUCAAAACCAGUUUUCCCCAUUGCCUCUUCUUAAACAAUAGACUCAUCGAUAUCUAUUGUAAAUCUGGUUAUAUUAGAGAAGCUCGUAAAGUGUUCGAUGAAAUGUCUGAGAAAGACCUCUUCUCGUAUAAUACAAUGAUUCACGGAUAUUGUUGUUUUGGCCUGUUGGAUGAUGCACGCCAAGUUUUUGUUCAAAUGCAUGAGAAAAAUCAGGUUUCAUGGGGUAUCAUGAUUGGUGGGUAUGUGCGCCAUGAAUAUGCAUUUGAAGCUCUUGAAAUGUUUGUUGAUAUGAAUCGAAGUGGACUUAAGCCUGAUCCAAUUAUUUUAGUUGCAGCCCUUCGUGCUUCA